AUGGGGCAGCAGGUGGGCCGCGUCGGGGAGCCGGGCGCCGGGCUCCAGCACCAGCCGCCGCCUCAGCAGCAGCCGCGGGGCCUGCGGGGGAGCAGCGCGGCCAGGCCGGCGGGCCGCCGGCGGGAGGCAGCCGGGCGCACCGCCGAGGGAGGCUUCAAUAUCUUCACCCAGCACGAGGCCCUGCACCGCCCCUAUGGUUGCGAUGUUGAACCCCAGGCACUGAAUGAAGCCAUCAGAUGGAGCUCCAAGGAGAACCUGCUUGGAGCCACUGAGAGCGAUCCCAAUCUCUUUGUUGCACUUUACGAUUUUGUAGCAAGCGGUGACAACACGCUCAGUAUCACCAAAGGUGAGAAGUUGCGAGUGCUGGGUUACAACCAGAAUGGUGAAUGGAGUGAGGUACGUUCAAAGAAUGGGCAGGGCUGGGUACCAAGCAACUACAUCACACCAGUGAACAGCCUGGAAAAGCAUUCAUGGUACCAUGGGCCAGUGUCACGCAGUGCGGCAGAGUAUCUGUUGAGCAGUCUCAUCAACGGCAGCUUCCUGGUUCGUGAAAGCGAGAGCAGCCCAGGGCAGCUAUCCAUCUCGCUCAGGUACGAAGGACGUGUUUACCACUACAGGAUCAAUACCACCUCAGAUGGAAAGGUAUAUGUGACAGCAGAAAGCCGUUUCAGCACACUAGCAGAGCUAGUGCACCAUCACUCAACAGUAGCAGAUGGACUGGUGACAACUUUGCAUUACCCAGCACCCAAGUGCAAUAAGCCCACUGUCUAUGGAGUGUCCCCCAUCCACGACAAGUGGGAGAUGGAGCGGACUGAUAUCACCAUGAAGCACAAACUUGGGGGAGGGCAGUAUGGCGAGGUGUACGUUGGUGUCUGGAAGAAAUACAAUCUCACAGUUGCUGUGAAAACCUUAAAGGAAGAUACCAUGGAGGUGGAAGAGUUCUUGAAAGAAGCUGCUGUGAUGAAGGAGAUCAAGCACCCAAAUCUAGUGCAGUUGUUAGGUGUGUGUACCCUGGAGCCACCCUUUUACAUUGUGACAGAAUACAUGCCGUACGGGAACCUCCUAGACUAUUUACGGGAAUGCAACCGGGAGGAAGUGAGUGCUGUUGUACUACUCUACAUGGCUACCCAGAUCUCCUCUGCUAUGGAGUACCUGGAGAAGAAGAACUUCAUUCAUAGGGACCUGGCAGCUCGGAACUGCUUAGUUGGAGAAAAUCAUGUGGUAAAGGUGGCUGACUUUGGCUUAAGUCGACUUAUGACUGGAGAUACCUACACAGCUCAUGCUGGAGCCAAGUUCCCAAUCAAAUGGACGGCUCCUGAGAGCCUGGCCUAUAACACCUUUUCAAUCAAAUCAGACGUGUGGGCUUUUGGGGUGCUGUUAUGGGAAAUUGCUACCUAUGGGAUGUCACCAUAUCCAGGCAUUGACCUCUCUCAGGUUUAUGAUCUGCUGGAAAAGGGCUAUCGGAUGGAACAACCUGAGGGGUGCCCUCCAAAGGUUUACGAACUGAUGAGGGCAUGCUGGAAGUGGAACCCACCAGACCGACCUUCCUUUGCUGAGACCCACCAGGCUUUCGAAACCAUGUUCCACGACUCGAGCAUCUCUGAGGUAUUACUGGUCUGUGGUAAACAAAGUUGUGUCACGAUGCAUGAAUGCGCACCACUGGAGCCGUAUGCGAGGUAAAGUGGACCACGUGAGCGACACUGUCCAAGUGAGUGAAAUGGGGGGGGAAGCAACCCCUCCACCCCAACUGACAGGCAUUAACGUGAAUUAAUUAUUCCUAUGAGUCAGUUUUACUCCAGUGUGCUAGUACCUAAGUGGAGACAAAGGAAAGGACAGCGUGGGUUACUCACCCUGACUGAGCAGUACCGAGCCCACCCAACGAAGCCUGCUGUCGAGUUCUGCAGUAGGAUUUUCAGCUUGCCCAGGCUCUCCUGCAGCCCUCAGGCCAGUGGGGCAGGGGAGGCUCUUUCACAGCAAAGCUCAGCCAUAAGGCAGCGUACCAAACCGCUAUCUCCUAGACUUUACUGAGGGCUUUUGUGGUUUACCUUAUCUCUUUCAGUCAUCUUUAUUGUAGGUGUGCAUCGCUGCACACCAAACUAACUGCCUUUGGAAAGGUGACCUGUGAAGGGAGGAAGGCUUGUGGUAUUGCUCCACGUGGCCUUUUAAACAAUCAAAAGGGUUGAAAAGCUGUGGGAGCUUUCUUUGGGGCAGAAAGGCAGGUCGUGUUUGCCCUGGCAGACAAUCGUGUGGUUUCAUCAUUAUCCUACUACUCAGCCUAGGACAAACAGACUGAAACUGAAGUGAUUCUCAGGGGAGAGGUAUUUUAAGCAGAAAAUUUUAAGGAUCUUAGUCCAGUUCUGAUGAGUAUUUUGAAAAAAACAAAAAGUAUUUUUUCUUUUCCUGAAUGCCCAGCAAAAGCGAUGGAACAGCAAACUGUUCCUGGAAUUUCUAACUGCUAAAACUCCCCUCUUUCAGCCCUUUCUGACCCUUCUGAAGAAACUGACUGUGCCCCAGUGAAGGACUGGUUCCCCUCCACUUGUCAUCCCCACUUCCUUUCAGAUGCUGCCUUGUUUCUCCUCCCCCGUGGCAGAGGUGGUGGGCAGUGGGACAGGGCAGUGGGCAGUAACACAGCUGAAGAAGCCAUCUGCUUUUACAGUCACAGAAGGGCUGAGGUCAGAAGGGACCUUUGGAAGCCAUCUGGUCCAACACCCCUGCUCAAGCAGGGCCACCUACAGCCGCUGCCCAGGACUGUGUCCAGACAGCUUUUGAAUAUCUCCAAGAGUGGAGACUCCACAACCUCUGUGGGCGACACAGAAGCCCAUUCAGUUCUGAUCCCUCCAGUGGUGGAAAAACAGAACAGUGGAAUUUGGGGAUUUGCCUGUCAUCACUCCUACGGAGAGUGUUUGCUCUUCUCUAUUGUCUUAUUUGCAUCCGGAGGCAGAUGGUGGCACAGGUAGUGCUGAUUGGCACUGGGUUUUUUUCCCCUUAAAUAGGAGGCUGCAGAAUUGCUGCUGCUUGGCAGUGUUUUAUGCUCAAACUGGAAUUCUCCCCUGCCCUCUAGCAGGAUAGUGAAAGGAUGUGAUGGUAUCUUUGAAAGCUGGUUCUGCUGGAAAUCAUUGUUCAGUUGUUCUUCCGUCCACAGCUACUCUCCUAAAAUUGUUACCGUCCCUUCUCCCUUUUGCUAGGUUUGGCUUUCUGUUCAGCCUUAAAGGUCUCUACUGUCGCAGCUUCUCUGCUUUCAGCCUUGCACAGUAUGUUCGGAGUAACCUAAGGAUGGUGGAGCCCCGUUAUUUGUCCCAGUGAAGCCCACCUCUUGCUCCACUGUUUAGGGUAGGGACAAGGCAUAAGCUCCUGUUGUGUUUCCUUUCCUCACCCCUGUUGGAAGGCCUCGUGGGGUAAGGAUGCGAUUGCAGCCGGGCUCUCUCACUUGCACUAGUAUGGGCUAGAAUUUAAAGUAGUCUUCUUUGCAACAGGGGAUGGCAUCACAUGGGGCCUGAUCAUGCCAAGCACAAAGCAUGCACUCACAGGAGUGAGUUGAUGUGGGGCACUUUCUCUUCCUAGCUACUGUGGGGAAUUAGCCGACUCACAGGUGCAAUUAUCUUUUCUUCCUGCACUGUACACCCUUUUUAACCCCAGAAGUGGUGCCCUUGGCUGUCUGACUGGCAGCACUUUGAUUCAAUCAUAUUCCUUGUUAGCAUGGACUGGGUGAAGCUGAAUUAAGAGUCUGGGUCUUGGGACUGCAUCACGUUUAGCCGCUGGGAAAGCAGAAUGAAUGGAGCAGCGUUGCUGACGCAGAACACAACGGGGAAGCGGGGGGCGCUCUGUUCCCCUCCUCCUCACACAGGACAUUUCUCCUGACCACCACCAGCCUUGUGUCAGUGAGACACAGUCAAACACAUGCAUGUUGACAUCCCAGCAGGUGUACUUACGCAAGAGUUUUAUGGCACACCGCUCUCUGCGGGCAGCGGGGACUAAACCCCACAGUGUGGGGCAAUAGCUGCACCAAAACUGCUGUGUUAACAGAGCAGCCCCUCCCUAAAAGGCAGCGGGGGUGUGAGCCGGUAGGAUGGGUUAUGCUGUGUGGUCAGACAGUAAAAAUAACCAGACCCUGAUGUCUGCACCACUUACCUGAGGCAGGCUUCCCCAGCAGCUGAGGUGCUCCGCAUUUUGCUUGUCGGUGUUCUUGGGCGGCCGCAGCUAUGACAAGCACUAAUGAAUCCAGAAGAUCUUUUCUGCAAACGUAACAGGCUGCUGUCUUCUCUUGUAAAACACUCAACCCAGCCCUGCUGCUAAUCGGUAGCUGGCAGGAAAACCAAAGGGUAGCGACUACAGCAGGCUCGGAAACCUCCCGCUUCAGCGCGAGUGGUACCAGCUGGCACGGAUGGGCGCUGGGGUUGCACUCCAGUUGCCUGUAGUGUAGAACAAAACCUUCAGCCUGUUCCCUGGUGGUAGGAAAUAAGAGGUGGUGGGACACCCGACUUUUAGAAUACCUACACGAUAAGAAAUGUCUGUACCAAAGGAGGUCAAUUCUUCCACACAUCUCUUGUGCAUGGGAGGUAAAGCCCGAUCGGCUCGGCACGCUGUUUGUGUCAGUAGUGAACUCACUGAGGGCAGCAGUGGAUUAAAAUGAAACACGUUAAUCACCAAUCACUCUACCAGUGUUGUCAACUGUUUUUGUUUUUAAUUGUUAUUGUAAUAUAUUUUGGUUGUUUUUCUAAUUUAAUUCUCUCACUAUCGUCUGACUGUGAACUGCGAACAGUGUUAAACUUGAUGUAAAUAAGGCCCUUUGAAGGGUCUCUUUGCCUGUCG